AUGGCCCACUUUCAAGAUCCAGAGAAGGAAAAGGACGAUUCCGACACAAUCGCUGCCAACGAGGUCGAGUACAAGACCAUGAGGCAUGCAGUCACCAUCCAAGAGGAUGGCCCGGCUCGUGAGCUACGUCUCCGCCGUCAGGUCUCGCAGGUGGACACAGCGUCCCGUGUAGUGGGCGAGUUCCGCACCCUCUCGAUCCACAUCACCGACUCCCUUGCCACCCCAGCCGUCCAAGCCAAGCGUGAUGCAGCCCGCGAGCUCUCCGAGCUCGACUGGCACCGCGUCUCGCUUGAGGAGGCCCUCCAGCGUCUCAACGUGUCUCCCAAGUCUGGCCUCGACAUCGACCAGGUCAAGCGCCGCCAGGCCAAGGGCAUGAACGAAUUAACGCCACCGCCCCGCAAUCUCGUCCGCAAGUGGCUCUCUUACGUUUUUGGCGGCUUUGGCUCGAUUCUCUUCAUCGGUGGUGUGCUCUGCUUCAUUGCCUGGCGCCCGCUCGGUGACCCCAACCCCGCCGUAGCCAACCUUGCUCUCGCCGUCAUUCUCCUUCUCGUCAUCGUGAUCCAGACAGCUUUCAACGCUUGGCAAGACUGGAGCACGUCCCGUGUAAUGGCUAGCAUCACCAACCUGCUCCCCCAGGAAGUCACAGUCGUCCGCGACGGGUGUCCCAUGAAAGUGCCUGCCCGCGAGCUCGUCACCGGUGACAUUGUCAACAUUGGCCUCGGCAACAAGCUUCCCGCCGACGUCCGCUUCCUCUCCACCAAUGACUUGAGGUUCGACCGCUCCGUCCUUACUGGCGAGAGCGAGCCGAUCCACACGACUCUUGACAUGACGGACGAGAACAUCCUCGAGUCCAAAAACAUCGGCUUGCAGGGCACUUUGUGCGUGGCGGGUAGCGGCACGGGUGUAGUGUUCCAAACCGGUGACGCCACUGUGUUUGGACGCAUCGCCAAGCUCUCCUCGCGCGGCGGACCCAGGCAGACGACGUUGGAGAAGGAGAUCUACGGCUUCGUUCUCAUCAUUGUUGGCUUCGCGCUCUCGAUCGCCCUCCUCGUCGUCAUCCUCUGGGCCGCAUGGCUCAACAAACAGCACAAGGGCUUCAUCACGCCCGCCACCCUUGUCAUCUCCAUUGUCUCAGUAUGCGUGGCCUUCAUCCCCGAGGGUCUGCCCGUGUCCAUCACCAUCUCGCUCAAGGUCGUCGCCAACGCCCUCGCUCGCCGCAAGGUGCUCUGCAAGACGCUCAUGACCGUCGAGACCUUGGGUAGUGUCAGCGUCCUUUGCUCUGAUAAGACCGGCACCCUCACGUCGAACAUCAUGACCGUCACCGACGCCGCAGUUCUCGACACCGAGUUCACGGCUGAGGAGGCCAAGAGCCGCCUCGGGACCGAAAAGGACGACGGACGGCUCACGCAGCUCGCCGCCAUCGCCGCGCUUUGCAACGGCGCACGGUUCGAGCCCUCCUCGGACGGCGAGAUGCGUGCCAACGGCGACGCGACUGACGCUGCCAUCCUUCGCUUUGCCGACUCGCUCCGUCCAGUAAGCUCCGCCAACUCUGACUGGAUCGAGGUCCACAAGGCCGCCUUCAACAGCAAGACCAAGUUCAUGCUCCGCAUCAUGCGCGUGUCGUCUUCCGCUUCCUCCCGCCCCGCCCCGAUCGCUCCCCACGACGCCUGGGGCAAGGAGUCGCUCAUGCUCACCGUCAAGGGUGCCCCCGACGUUCUCCUCAAGCGCUGCACGCACAUCGCAACCCCCGCCGGCCCAUGCCCCAUCACUGAAGAUAUGCUCGCCCGCCUCACUGCCACCCAGUCGCGUUGGGCCGCCAAGGGCCAGCGUGUGCUUCUCCUCGCCAAGCGUGUCAUUUCCACGUCUGAUAUCGCUGGCAUGGCCCUCGACUCGGACGACUUUACCGCUCACGUCAACACCAACCUUAACCAACAGCUCACUGUCGUCGGCCUCGUCGGUCUCGUCGACCCACCGCGCUCAGAUAUCCCCGAGACCGUCCGCACGCUCCGCGGCGCCGGCAUCCGCUUUUUCAUGGUCACGGGCGACUUUGCGCUCACCGCCGUAGCCAUCGCUGAGCAGUGUGGCAUCGUCACUUCGGCCGCGCACAUCCACACCGUCGCCAACUUGGACCGCAACAUGGAGCUGUCCGCCGUCCCCGCAUACAACCCCGACGACGAGGACGCCGCGACGCGCUCCCUCGUCCUCUCCGGCCCCGAGCUCAUGGAGAUGAACGACUCGCAGUGGGCCCAGGCGUGCGCGUACUCUGAAAUCGUGUUUGCCCGCACCACGCCCGACCAGAAGCUGCGCAUUGUCCGCGAGUUCCAGGCGCGCGCAUGCAUCGUCGGCAUGACGGGUGACGGUGUCAACGACGCGCCCUCGCUCAAAGCCGCCAACGUCGGCAUUGCGAUGGGCUCGGGCUCGGACGUCGCCAUCGAGGCCGCCGAUCUCGUCCUCCUCGACACCUUCUCGUCCAUGGUCACGGCGGUGACGUACGGCCGCCUCGUGUUCGACAACUUGAAGAAGACGAUUCUGUACCUCCUGCCCGCCGGCUCGUUCUCGGAACUCAUGCCCAUCCUCCUCAACGUCCUCAUCGGUGUGCCGCAGAUGCUGAGCUCGAUCCAGAUGAUCAUCAUCUGCUGCCUCACGGACGUGCUCCCCGCCGUGUCGAUGUGCUUCGAGAAGCCCGAGGCAGGCCUCCUCACCCGCCGCCCGCGCGACAUCAAGCGCGACAAGCUCGUGGACUGGAAGCUGCUGCUGCACGCGUACGGCUUCCUCGGUGUCCUCGAGUCGCUGUGCGCCAUGUCCAUGUCCUUCUGGUACCUCCAGCGCCGCGGGUUUCCGUUCAGCCGCAUCGUGCUCGCGUUCGGCGGCCUGCCGCCCGACCUCGACGCGUCCGUCUUCGCAGAGGAGGUCAACGUCGCGCAGAGCGUCUACUUCUUCACCCUCGUGUUCAUGCAGUUCGGCAACCUCCUCGCCACGCGCACACGCCGCCUCUCCAUCUUCCAGCACCCGCCGUGGGGCAAGACGGUCAACUGGUGGAUCCCGCCCGCCGUCGCGGCCAGUCUCUGCUUCCUCUUCUUCUUCUCCUACCCCCCCUUCUUCCAGAGCGCGCUCCUCACACGCGGCGUGCCCGUCGAGUACAUCUUCAUCCCCAUCCCCUUCGGCCUCGGCCUCCUCUUCCUCGAUGAGGUGCGCAAGUUCUGUGUGCGCACGUGGCCGAAGGGCUUCCUUGCCAAGAUUGCGUGGUAA